AUGCCCCCCAGUGCCUCCCGUGCCGCGAAGAAGGAAAAUUCAAAGGACUCCGAGGCUGUGACCGAGUCCGAACGGGUCCAUGUCUCGAUCCGCGUUCGCCCGCUGAACAAACGCGAGCGGGUCAGCAAACAUCCUAUUUGCCUCAGUGUCGACAAUGCUAAGAACCGGCUUUCGAUUUUUGAUAAGUCCAAAACGUCCACAAACGAGGCCGCAGUCUUCGCAGAUAUCCCAGACGCGAAGAUCUCGCGGACGACCUACCAGUUCGACAGCAUUUUCUGGUCGCUGGGGGGGAAAGGAGAAAAGAUGGCCACACAGGCGGACGUCUUCGACCAAAUCGGCAUUCCUCUCGUCCGCCACGCCUUUAACGGCUUCAACUCCUGUCUCUUCGCGUACGGCCAGACGGGGAGCGGGAAAACCUACACAAUGAUGGGCGCUGACGUCGCCGUGUUGGAGGGGAGCGAGGGGCGGGGGGUCGCACCUCGGAUCUUCCAGGAGAUUUUCAUCCGCAAGUCGGAACUGGAGGCUACGGAGGGCGGCGGAUCGACCUGGGACGUCGAUGUGGGCUACGUCGAGGUCUACAACGAACGCGUAUCAGACCUCCUCGCGAAGCGGCCGAAGUCAGGCGAGGAGGUCUUCGUCGAGAUCCGCGAGCACCCCAGCCGCGGGGUCUUUCUUGAGGGCCAGCGGCUCGUCCCGACGCGGAGUUUUAACGACGUAAUUAAAUGCGUGGAGGCCGGCAACAUCGUCCGGCAUACUGCCUCGACGAAGAUGAACAACCGGAGCAGCCGCAGCCACGCCAUCAUCAUGGUCCUCCUCCGGGAGGAGCGUCUGAUGACGGCGAAGAACCAGACGGUGAUCCGGACGGCGGGGAAAAACAGUCGGAUGAACCUCGUCGACCUCGCAGGCUCCGAGCGGGUCGCGCAGUCGGAGGUAGAGGGCGCCCGCUUCACCGAGGCCACUCACAUCAAUCUCUCGCUAACGACUCUCGGGCGGGUGAUCGACAUCCUGGCGGAUAUGGCCACGAGGGGCAAGAAGACGCGCUACACUAUGGCCCCCUUCCGCGAUUCGAAGCUGACCUUCAUCCUGAAGGACUCCCUCGGGGGUAAUUCAAAGACGAUGAUGGUCGCCGCCGUGAGCCCGAGCGCUCUGAACUACGAAGAGACUCUGGGCACCCUGCGCUACGCCUCCCGGGCGCGGGAUAUUGUGAACGUGGCGAAGGUCAACGAGGACCCUCGCGCGCGGCGGAUCCGCCAGCUGGAGGAUGAGAUGUCUGAGAUGCGCAAGGCCCUCGCGGUGGCCGACCCCACUUAUGUAGCCCAGCUCGAGGCGAAGAUCGCGCUGAUUGAGUCCGAGGCCCGCAAUCGCGCAGCCGACCUGCAGACGCUGGAGCGAGAGCGCGAGGAGAGCAACCUUCGCGAGCGGAUGCUCAAGGCCACCGAGGCCGAGCGCGCCGAGCUUGAACAGCAGGCGGACCUGCUUAAGCAGCAGAUCGUCGACAGCCGCCGGCAGGCCGCGGAGAUGCAGGAACAGAACGCCCGCCUGCGCGAGGAGCAGGCGCUGAGGGAGCAAAAGCUGCUCGACGACAUCGAGCGCGCCCGCGCGGACGCGCGGAAGAAGGCGGAGACCCUCGAGCAGGCCAAGCGGGAUCUCGCGCGCGAGCGCACCGAGCGGGAGAACGCCGUUCGCUUUAUCCAGCACUAUAAGGAGAAGCUGGAGGACGCGCUGUUCAACUCGGAGCGCAGCGCCGCCGAGAGGAUUGCUCUGGAGGAGGCCAACACCACCUUGAACCUCAAGCUUAAGGAACUCGAAGAAGAGCAGUCGCAAUACGUCAACGGGUUGGUGAAAAAGCUCGAGGAUUGUGAUAAUCAGAACGCGCUACUCCGAGCGCGGUGCGUCUUCCAAAUCAGGGAAGGCGAAGCACGGAAUGCAAUUUUGGUUUCGCAUGUGGUGGAGCGGGAGCGCCUAUUUAGGGAAUAUUAUGCAAUGUCUCGCCACUUUUUGAUCGCCAAACGGUCCCCAGGCAGGGGGCACCUGAAAGAGGAUUCCGAGGUGGUUUCUACGAGUGGGAAUACGCGUUCCUCUCGAGGGGUAUCCGAGCCACCAUCAGAUGGUCAACGGGAGAAACUUAACGAAGAUUUGGCGCAGGCUUUGCGUGUGCGAGCGAGUUCCCAGGGGGAACAUGAAAAUUUUGAUGGACCGAACCGCUAUUCCGAUCCCACGCAGGAGCACCUAGGGGACAAGCUCUGUGCCUUUGACGUACCACAGGCCUUGAGUAAAGUAGACGAGGCCGAUGAAGGUUACUAUCAGUGUGUUGAAAUGAUAAAAACGCAUGCGGGGCAUCUUCAAGGCACACAACAGGAGUUGGAGGAGUUGAUUGAACGUUUCUUUACAGAAUCCGUGUCUCUGGAGACUCAGGAGGAAAUGAUGGCGGCACGUCUAUCUGAUAUGGAGAUGGCGAAGGAAGAAUUUGAGACUAAGGAGAAUGAAUUGCAAGUGCUUAAUGAGCGUCUCGAGGAGUGUGCACAGCAACGGGAAGUGGCUGUGCAAAAUCUAGAACGUCAGAUCAAGGAGAUGCUUAACGGUAAAUUCGAGGUCCGUUUGCUCUUUCCUGGAGACAGGGACGCGGAUGGUUUACAAGAAAGGGACCAGCAACUGGGGGAUCCCAGUUUUCAGAUGUCCACAGAUCUUUUAGAUUCGUUACCAAACGCACCAGGGCUGACGGAAGCAACUAGCAGCCCGAAUUUGACAACACCAUUAUUGCCACCAGUACCCGAGGACGGCACUUCUUUUGAUUUAUCUUCUAUAAAGCGGUCAAUUUUAGAAAGUUUCCCCGUUAGUGCCCGAAUGUCGGAUUUCUUAAGUAGUACAAUACACUGA